UUGUAUCGAUUUAUUCAUUGACAAAUUGAUAUGUCAUGUUAUGUAUGUAUAUAGAACUGUUGUGUCAAUUCACCUAUUUUUUAACACUCGAACAUUCAUCAGGAGUAAUAGUAAUUAAAAAAUAUUAAAAUGGAUUUAAAUAGCAUACACAAUAAGAACGAGACUGAGUUGACGCGGGAGGAAAAAAUGAGACUGGAACAUAUAAAGAUGCACGAAUUGCAUCGAGGUCACGAAGCAAUGCAUGCAGAGAUGUUAUUUAUAUUAUUGGUAACUUUAAUAGUAGCCCAAAUUGCACUAGUUGAAUGGAAGAAAAGGCACUGCAGAUCAUAUCAGUUAGUUACAUUAGUAGCCAUGUGGAUUAUACCAUUAGGAAUUUGUAUACAAAAUCUUUGGUGGAGGUUCAUUUUUGUAUGGCUAGUAUUUUCGUGCAUAACUGGUCUUAUUAUGAGGAAAGCUUUACAGCAUCCAUUGCAGGGGAACACUCCAAGAUUGGUAUACAAGUGGUUCUAUUUUAUAUACAAACUUAGUUACGGUUUCGGUAUCGUUGGUUAUUUUGCAAUGCUUGCAGCUUUCUUUGGUUUAAAUUAUAUUUUCAACAUGAAACCACAAGUUUGGAUGGAUUUUGCUUUACUGUGUUUAUUUUAUGGACUAUAUUUUGGAGUAUUGGGAAGAGAUGUUGCUGAAAUAUGUGCUGAUAAAAUGGCAUCUCAUAUAGGGUAUUAUACACCAGGAAAAAUGCCAACUAGAACGUUAGACAAACAUGUGUGUGCUGUGUGUGGAAACAAACUUCUAGUUUCUGAAAACGAAGAAGGAGUUAUAGAAAACACUUAUAAACUUAGUUGUGAACACGAAUUUCACGAGUUUUGCAUCCGAGGUUGGUGCAUUGUAGGAAAGAAACAAAUUUGUCCUUACUGCAAAGAAAAAGUUGAUCUCAAGAAAAUGUUUUGCAAUCCAUGGGAACGACCACACGUUCUUUAUGGCCAGUUAUUAGAUUGGAUCAGGUGGUUGGUUGCAUGGCAGCCAUUAAUUUUGUUCCUAGUACGUGGUAUCAAUUGGGCCUUGGGCCUUGAGUAAGUAAAAUUGUUUUGAUAUGCAUCAAUGUAUCAUCAAAUCACCGCACGAUUCUCUUUUCUACUUUUGAAAAGCAUUGAGAUAAUUGAAAAACGACGGUACAUGUAUUAAAUUUAUAAUUUUGCGUUAUGCAGUAAUACUUACCAUUUACAUGAAAAAUAAAAUUAUCUUUUAGUGGCCUUCGUAAAAACAUUUCAAAAACAUUCACAUGUUUCAAGGGAACUUUCUGGGUAAAAAAAACCAUUCCAAUCUUUAUUUAAAAAACUAGACAACAAACCUCUAAAAUUUCACAUUGACCCAGAAAUACAGCAUUUUUUCGAUUUUCUGAAAAAAAUGUGUAUAAAAAAUUGUAAAACAUUAAAAAAAUAGUUUUUAAGGUUUCUUUUCUGGAAAAAAAACCUCAUGAAGAGAAAUCCGUUUUGAUUUUUAAUCUAUGUAAAACAGGUAAAGUAAAACUUUUAAAAAGUGUAUUUUUUACAAAUUCUGCACCAGAAGGUCCCCUUAAAUGGCUUUUUAUCGAAAACUGAACUUGUGUUGAAAACUUCGAAAUAUUAACUUUAAUGUAAACUGAUAAAAUGCAAAUUACUAUAUAUUAAUAUGUACGUUUACAUUUUUAAAAUAUAAAUAGAUUUUCCUAUUUAAAAAUUUUAUGUAAAUAAACAGUUUUUUAUCUGUA